AUGGCGAACGUCGUAACGGCACUGCCUCGUGUGACUAUUGAGUUCUGUACUCAGUGCAAAUGGAUGCUUCGAGCCGCAUACUUCGCCCAAGAGCUGAUCUCCACCUUCUCGACCUCUCUGGGAGAAGUCGCACUCCAGCCAUCCACAGGCGGCGUCUUCGCCGUUCAUCUGUAUACUGCUGCGCCGUCAACGACUACGAUCCAGAAGCAUUUGCUCUGGGACCGGAAGGCUGAGGGUGGAUUUCCUGAAACAAAAGAGCUUAAGCGCCGCGUACGAGAUAUCAUUGAUCCAUCUAGAGAUCUAGGACAUGUGGAUUCCCACGCAAAGCCUGCUACUACUACUACUACUACUAGUAGUACUGCUACUACGGGCCAAGCUCCUCCUGUAGAGAAGGUAGCUCAGGCGGGAGCUGCGGGCGAUGAUGCUUGGAAUGUGGUAAAUGAGAAUGGGAAGGUGGUUAUUGGUGGUGGUGGCGAGGGUGAGAGUUUUGGGUUCUGUAGACCGGGGGAUGAGAAUUGUUGCUGCUAG